GGUUACAAAGURCAAUGUUGACCUUGCGGUUGUUAGGUGUGGACACUCUAAUAUACUCACAGAAUCAAGGAGUUUACAAUUAUCAUCAGGAUGGAAGCUAACAAUGGAAGAGUGCGACUAUCCGUCCGACAUUGAUUACGUACGGAAGAGUGAGCUAUCGGCCAAAGCACAAUCUUCUGGAAACGUUCAGGAGGAUACGUUUGAUAUUUUGGGUGAUAAUUCACAAUCUCCAAAUAGAAAGAAACGCCUACGGGAAGAGACAAGCGACGACAAAGAAGCAGUUGAAAAAAGAAAGAAACUGCCGAAAAACGUCGAUCAAUCUACUCCUAAGGAGGAGAGUUGUGCUGAUAAACCCAAGACUGAGUUUGUGGCGGUUUGCUACACUUCUAAAAAGCCUGGAUGCUCGACCUUUUAUCUUGGGCAGAUUGUUGACCGGGAAGACCAGUUAGUAUCGGUCAACUUUCUGCAAAAGGUAAAGGGUGGAAGAGGUUACAUCUGGCCUAAAAAAAUUGAAAAAGAAGACGUCUAUGACCACCAGAUAUUUGCGUCAGGUCUAACAGCUAGAGUAGAAGAAAAURUUUUUAGUUUUGAUGAAGGGGCUUUUCAGGAAGCCUUCGAGGAAUGCUGCCAAAACCUGAUUAAAAUAGAACGUAAAAUGAAGAUUGAAUCAGUAUGGGAAGAGACGGGUACUCCGUAUYGGAAAAUUGGCCCAGUCUCCUGGAAGGAUUUCAAGACGCUACAAUUGGACAUGCUGGAAGUUCAAGAGACGCAAAUGAAAAUCACUCUCGGCAUGUCUGAAUCCGGAUGGGAAGUGGGCUAUGUAAUUGAUGAGGUACAUAUAUGCCAUAUUUGUAAUGUAUUCAUCACGCUAAACACAAUCAUUAUGUUUCAACCAUUUUUUUCUUGA